CCGCUCCAGACAGCUACAGCCGGCUAGUGGGGUCCUUUUCCAUAGGGCUGUGGAAGAUUAGCAGGCAACAUGCCGACUGUCGGAGUAAAUAGGGAUCUUCUCUUCAGAGCUUUGGGCAGAACAUACACUGAUGAGGAGUUUGACGAACUGUGCUUUGAAUUUGGACUGGAGCUGGAUGAAAUUACUUCGGAGAAGGAACUAAUCAGCAAAGAACAGGGUGACUCCAAAGCUUCAGGAGCUUCUGAUGUGAUUCUGUACAAAAUUGAUGUACCAGCUAACCGCUAUGACCUACUUUGCCUUGAGGGGUUGGUCCGUGGAUUGCAGGUUUUCAAGAAUAAGUUGGAUGCCCCACGUUACACACGUGUCAGCCCAGUGAGUGGGCAGCCUCAGAGACUGAUUAUCACUAAGGAGACAGCAGCAGUUCGACCCCAUGCAGUGGCUGCAGUGUUGAGGAACAUCACCUUUACUCAGGAGCGCUAUGACAGCUUCAUUGAGCUGCAGGAGAAACUCCACCAGAACAUCUGCAGAAAGAGGAGCUUGGUGGCAAUUGGGACUCAUGACCUGGACACCAUCUCUGGUCCGUUCACAUACACGGCCAAACCUCCUGGAGACAUCUGUUUUAAACCCCUCAACCAGACCAAAGAGUACACUGCCACACAGCUCAUGAGCCUCUACAAGAGCGACAGUCACCUGAAACAUUACCUUCACAUUAUUGAAGACAAGCCUGUGUAUCCUAUCAUUUAUGACAGCAAUGGCAUUGUCCUGUCUAUGCCUCCUAUCAUCAAUGGGGACCAUACUAAAAUCACCCUGAAGACAAAGAAUGUCUUCAUUGAGUGCACAGCCACAGAUCUGACCAAGGCCAAGAUUGUGUUGGACAUGAUGGUCACCAUGUUCAGCCAGUAUUGCUCAAAGCCUUUCACUGUUGAGGAGGCUGAAGUGGUGUGUCCGGACGGUAGGAUCUGCACUUACCCGGAGCUGGCGUACAGGAAAGAGAGGCUCUCCAGCGAGUUUAUCAAUCACAAAGUUGGCAUCAAUGAGUCUACAGAAAACAUUGCCCAACUGCUGACCCGGAUGUGUCUGCUCUCCCGGGCUACGGGCGUUGGUGAUGAGAUUGAGGUAGAGAUCCCGCCAACACGUUCCGAUGUCAUCCAUGCCUGUGACAUCAUGGAGGAUGCUGCCAUAGCAUAUGGUUUCAACAACAUUACCCGUACCACGCCACGUACCUACACCGUAGCCAAUCAGUUCCCACUCAAUAAACUGACAGAGCUGUUGAGACAAGACCUGGCAGCUGCUGGGUUCACAGAAGCGCUAAACUUUGCCCUGUGCUCUCAAGAAGACAUUGGAGAUAAGCUUGGAAAGAAGAUCUCAGAAACCAGGGCGGUUCACAUCUCCAACCCCAAGACAGCGGAAUUCCAGGUGGCGCGCACUACUUUACUGCCAGGCCUGCUGAAAACCAUAGCAGCCAACAGGAAGAUGCCCCUUCCCCUCAAACUGUUUGAGAUAUCUGAUGUGGUGCUGAAAGAUGACACCAAAGAUGUCGGGGCGAGGAACAGCCGGCGCUUCUGUGCCGUUUACUACAACAAGAGCCCAGGCUUUGAGGUGAUCCACGGCCUGCUUGACCGAGCCAUGCAGCUGCUGGAAGUGAAGUCAGCCCGUGGAGAUGGCUACCACAUCCAGGCUGCAGACGAUUCCACUUUUUUCCCCGGUCGCUGCGCAGAAGUCUUUGUCCAUGGAAAGAGCGUGGGACGUCUUGGUGUCCUUCACCCUGAUGUCAUCAACCGCUUCGAGCUGACCAUGCCCUGCUCAGCCCUGGAGAUCGACAUCGAGCCCUUCCUUGGCCACACUGCUGAAACCCUCCUCACUCAUGACGUCCCUAUGCAGGAAGUUGUCAGGCACAAGUUCCCCACGCUACAUGAACCUCCGCAGGCUCUGGUCUCCCACCCGGCUUCCACAAAAACGAUAUUUGGUGAUAUGAGCACGUCAGUCGGUCUCAAAGCGCUUAAUGACUUCCUGGCAGACAAAAGCUACAUCGAGGGCUUUGCGGCGUCCCAGGCUGACACUGCAGUAUUUGAUGCCAUCCCCUCUGCUCCCUCAUCAAACCUCUGCCACCUCAUGCGCUGGUACAACCACAUCCAGUCCUUCCUAAGGGAAAGACCCAGUCUACCAUUGGCUAAGGGUCAGUUUGUCCUCCCAUCUACACCUCCACCCUCAAGUAACGCCAAUGACAACGACGAUGACUUCGACCUAUUUGGCUCAGACGAUGAGGAAGAAAGUGAGGAGGCGGCGAGAAUCAAGGAACAGCGCCUGGCUGAGUAUGCUGCCAAGAAGUCUAAGAAGCCAGCUCUCAUAGCCAAGUCUUCGAUCCUGCUUGACGUCAAGCCCUGGGACGAUGAAACUGACAUGGCCAAACUGGAGGAGUGUGUCCGCAGCGUGACCAUGGAUGGGCUGCUCUGGGGGCAGUCUAAGCUGGUCCCAGUGGGCUACGGCAUCAAGAAGCUGCAGAUAGGUUGUGUGGUGGAGGAUGACAAAGUGGGCACAGAUCUACUGGAGGAAGCCAUCACCGCCUUUGAGGAAUAUGUUCAGUCUGUGGAUGUGGCUGCCUUCAACAAGAUCUGAAUUAUACAAACUGUAGUAAAACGAAUGGUACCAUCUGAUGUUUUCUAGUGUUGGCUUUAAAUAAAUGUUGUCAGAAACUCAACAUACAACCAAUGUUCAUUAGUUCAGUAAUUAAACCUCAGGUCAGUCCUUUGUAAAAAAAAAUUUAUCAUUUGAUACAAGUACACAACCCUUUACCCUCAAACGUUCAAUAAAGCCAUUGUCACUUUU